AUGCCAAAAGAUUGGGCGGCGCAGAAGGAGAACCUAAAGAAGUUCUACAUCACUGAAGACAGGCCACUAGAGGAAGUUCGCGAGAUUUUGAAGGAUCGCUAUGGAUUUGAUGCUUCCAUCCGAAGCUAUCGUAUGAAGAUUGAUGAGUGGAAUCUGCGGAAAUAUAAGUCGAAAAAGGACACGACGGAUCGACGAAAGUCUGCUCAGUCAAGGGCCAAUCUCAAGGUGAAGACUGCUGCAUCAGCAGCUAGCUCGGCACCGCCUACUACCCAAAGGAGUUUCGAAAAUUCGGCAGUCUUGACCCAUGAUUUGCAUGAGCAACGGACUGUAGAUGAGGCACACACAACGAAUGAUCAUUUCCCAUUAAAUCAGUACCAUUCAGCAGCUCAAACUAGUAUUCUGAUGGAGAGUGUGGAUGCGUUCGAGGGGCUGUUCUCAUCAAUCAAUCCGGAUUCUUUUCAAUUGCCUCACAGCAUGGAAAAGCGAAAUGACCAAAUGAGCUACACACAACAAUCUGGACCUCGCUGCGACACUCAACUUGUGGACUUCGAGACCCCAGCAAGCUUCCAGUUCAUGCUCAAACGUUGGAGAAGUGGAAAAGGAGUUGAAGAUUAUGUUGAUCACGUCCUUUCAAAGUCAAUUUCCAGGGUGGUCGCUUUCCAGACGAAGGACAUUGGGAAUUUCAGCCUCUUUGAUCUGAUCUGCGAUGAGGUUGACAAACCAGAGCGAGUCCCGCUGAUCAAAGACAUUCUUCACAGAUUAUCUGAAGUCAAUCCUCAAAACCCCACUGCACAGUACAUAUGCUGGCGGUCCGCAUACAUUGAAUCACACUGGACGAGAUUCAAAAGAGCACUUGGCUUACUGAACUUGAACGGCUGCAUGUCGCGAGAAGCAGCUGAUCUGGUCUUCCGUGCAACAUUCCUUCUGGUUGGAGAGCGACUCAUCGACGCAUAUCGUGCUCGUUUCGAUAUGAGCGAUAGUCUCGGGUCUGCAAUUUCGAACUCUACCUUCAAGCAUAUCCAGAGGUAUUCGGAGUCGCCGGAGUAUUUCAGAGACAGGGAACAGUACGCUGCUAUGUUGAAAGACUUUCGAGUUCGGUGUGUGAAUCAUUGGGAGAAAUGA